AUGAAAAGGCUACUCUGCCUCUUCUUUCUAUGCCUUUUCUAUACUAAUUCUGCCUCUCUAUCUCUUAACUUUAAGGAUGAAGACCCAGUCCAGUCAAGAGAGACAGUCAAAUUUGAUUUUGGCUGGAGAUUUCAACUUGGAGGCAACAAUAUAGCACCAUGUCCUGAAAGUGUCUUUCCUAAAAACCUUAGUGGAGUAGAAUGCAUGGGCCUUCGAUCUGGAAGCUCUAAAAAUGCAGAUGAUUGCAGAGGUGAAUGCUGUGCUGAUGUGAUGUGUGCUAUAUGGCAAUACACUGAUAGUCAAGGUUGCUGGAUUGGUCAGAGCAACGAUUGCAAUCACACCAGUAGUUCUUGGGUUGGUGGAGGAAGGGACACUCCUGCUAAGCCUGUACCACCUCCUGAUUCUGGGCCCACAACUCGUGACUUUGAUGACAGCGAUUGGGAGAUUGUGGAUGCACCUCAUGACUCACUGAUAGGUGGAGAGUAUGCACAAAAUGGAACUGUAAGGGGACAAGCUUACCUCCCGAAGAACAUCACUUGGUAUAGGAAGCAUUUCAAUCUACCAGCAGAGUGGAAGGGUAGGAUUAUAUGGGUUUACUUUGAAGGUGUUUUUCGUUCUUCGACUACAUACCUAAAUGGACUCAUGCUGCAUCAUGAAGACUCUGGUUAUACCAGUUUUGUUGUACGACUUGACAAUUGCUCGGGCAUUUUAUUUGGUGAUGGGAAGGACAAUGAAAAUGUUCUCACUAUAUUGUCUACUCCGAAUGAGGGAUUCUCUGGUUGGUGGUAUGAAGGAGGUGGACUGUACAGACACACUUACCUUGUGUCGGCUGAUGUGGUUCAUAUUAUACCAGACGGUACAUACGUAGCAGCAGCAGUUCAUGGGACAAUAAAAGCACAUGAUCCUAACGAUAUCAGCAAAGGGAAAUAUGUGGACAUUGCAGUCAUUGGUGUGAGCAGUGAAGUUAUUAAUGACGAUACGAAGGAACAAAAGAGAACCUACCAAUAUACUUUAUUUGAUGCAGAUGGGAAGCAGGUAGGCAAUUCAAUGCUACCUCCUAGCGAUUUCAGUGCUGGUGAACUUAAGGUCCUCACUGAUAGCUAUACAGCAAAGAAUGUAGAGCUAUGGAGUCCAGCCCGUCCAUACUUGUACACACUUCAGUGUGAGCUACUGAAUAAUGCUGAUGAUGCUGUUAUCACUGAUAGUGGAGUGACUGAUACAUAUAACAUUACUUUUGGAAUACGAAGCACUCAAUGGGAUCCAGAUAAAGGGUUCUUCAUAAACGAUGGUCAUUUUACUUGGAGAGGUUUCAACAAUCAUAACGAUUUUACCGGAGUAGGUGUUGCAGUUCCCGACAGAAUAAACCUGUUUAGAGCACAGUCGAUGAGAGCUGUAGGAGCCAAUGCUUGGAGGAUGUCACAUAAUCCACCAAUACCAGUGAUGCUUGAUAUAAUGGAUAAUGUUGGUAUUUUAGUCUGGGAUGAGAACAGGGAAUUCGGUGAUAAUCCAGUAUGGGUAGCAAACCAGCGUAACAUGGUCAGAAGGGACAGGAAUCAUCCGAGUGUAAUGGCAUGGUCAUUUUGUAAUGAGGCAGGUUGCAAUGCUGGUGAUUCUGUGCCGGUAGCAAAGGAGUUUGCAGAAGUCUCUAAAGAAGCUGAUCCUAAUCGCCCAGUGACUGCUAAUAUGAUCAGUGAUUUUGGUGGAGCUCUUUCGUCUCAAAUUGACGUGCAAGGCUUCUCACACAAGCCUGGUAAUAUCUUUGAUACAUUUCACAAACAGUUCCCAAAGGUACCAACAAUUGGCUCUGAAUGCUGUUCAUGCACCACACAGAGAGGAGAGGAUUUCCCUGACAACACAAAAUUUCUUCUUGGAAACUUUAAUGCCAAUUGCAACAAAGACCAAACAGAGAGUCAACUUGACAGAUCUUAUGUGGUUGGUUGCAUGGUGUGGACUUUGUUUGAUUAUUAUGGAGAGCCUGCUUUUGGCUGGCCUCACAUCUCAUCAUCAUUUGGAUCAAUAGACUUGGCUGGUUUUGCUAAAGCCUCGGCUUACUGGUAUCGCUCUUGGUGGCUCUACAAUGGGGUCCACAAUCACAGCACUGGUGGGAUCGACGUUCCUCUUAAUCCUCCAAAACUCAUUAAUCCUGAUGCUCAACCAGCUGAAGACAAUCCUCAAGAUGGCUACCUUGUACACAUAGUGGAGCACUGGGAUAAGAAUGAUGCAGCUCCAAAGCGUACGAUACAUGUCUAUACUAAUGCACCAUCAGCUGAACUAUUUGUAAAUGGGAAAUCUCAAGGAGUCAAGACUUUAGUGUGGCAAGGAUGGGCAGAAUGGGACGGAGUAGCUUACGAAGAUGGCAACCUAACAGCUAAUGCUAUGGACGACAAGAAUGCUAUUGUAGCCAGACAUACUAGACUAACUACAGGAGAUCCUGCAAAGAUAGUAGCAAUGCUAGAUGUGCCAAACGACGACACGGGAACAGGCUCCGCACUAGUACUUGAUGGACAAGACUCUGGUAUGGUCAGUGCUGUAUUGCUUGAUUCUAAUGGAAGAGUGGCUCAUGGCUCGUCUCUCAAUAUAACGUUCAGUAUCACGAGUGGCCCUGGGAGGAUCAUUGGUGUGGGGAAUGGUAACCCUCAGUGUCAUGAGCCUAAUCAUGCCACAUGGCGUAGUGCUUAUCACGGGCUGGCCCGUGCUAUUGUACAAGUAACUCAAGACCAUACUACAGCUAAUAGAGACCGUAUGAUACAAAUUGAUAGCGAUGGGGGGCAGAGGACUCUGGUUGGAGACCCACGUGAUCCCAAGAGGUUUCUUGAUGAUAUAGUUGUACAAGUGUCUGCUGAAGGUGUUGGUACAGCUACUGUGUCUAUACCAACCAGUACUGAUCCUAAUGAUGGUGUGAUUUCAACUGCUAGGAAAUCACGACAAUAG